UCGGUGUCCAGCAGCGACCAGGAGCGCGAGCUGAAGGAGAAGCAGCGCAACGCUGAGGCGCUGGCUGAGCUGAGCGAGAGCCUGCGGAACCGGGCCGAGGAGUGGGCCAGCAAACCCAAGAUCGUGCGGGACACGCUGCUGACGCUGGCCGGCUGCACGCCCUACGAGGUGCGCUUCAAGAAGGAUCACGCCCUGCUCGGCCGCGUCUUCGCCUUCGACGCCGUCUCCAAGCCGGGCAUGGACUAUGAGCUGAAGCUCUUCAUCGAGUAUCCCAGCGGCUCUGGCACGGUCUUCUCCAGCGCCUCCGGCGUGGCCAAGCAGAUGUACCAGGACUGCAUGAAGGACUUCGGCCGCGGCCUCUCCUCGGGCUUCAAGUACCUGGAGUACGAGAAGAAGCACGGCUCCGGCGACUGGCGGUUGCUAGGGGACCUGCUGCCUGAGUCCGUGCGCUUUUUCAAGGAGCUGGUGGGCGCCGACAUGCUGCCGCAGCCCUACCUGGACGCCAGCUGCCCCAUGCUGCCCACGGCGCUGGUGAGCCUCCCGCGGCUCAUGUCGGUGGCCGACACGCUGGGCAAUGCCCACUCGCCCAAGGACGGCAGCUCGGUGCACUCCACCACCUCUACCCGCAGGAACAGCAGCAGCCCCGUGUCACCGGCCUCCGUGCCGGGCCAGCGCCGCCUGGCCUCCCGCAACGGGGACAUGAACCUGCAAGUGGCCCCUCCUCCCCCCAGCGCCCACCCCGCCAUGGACCAGGUGCACCCCCAAAACAUUCCGGACUCCCCCAUGGCCAACAGCGGGCCCCUGUGCUGCACCAUUUGCCACGAACGCUUGGAGGACACCCACUUUGUUCAGUGCCCCUCGGUGCCCAGCCACAAGUUCUGCUUCCCCUGUUCCAGAGAGAGCAUCAAGGCCCAGGGGGCGACCGGCGAGGUCUACUGCCCCAGCGGAGAGAAAUGCCCCCUCGUAGGUUCCAAUGUGCCUUGGGCGUUUAUGCAGGGCGAGAUCGCUACCAUCCUAGCCGGGGACGUUAAAGUGAAAAAGGAGAGAGACCCUUGAGUAGGAAAUCCCAUCCCUUCAGGCUCCUGAAGAUGUAGAAUUGUGAAUAUAACGAACUGCAAAAGUUAGUCUUAUGUAUAGACAUUAUUUUCGUCGUAUGUUUCUAUAUUUUGAAACAAAGGUAUGUACUCUUCUUCAUUUGAAGGAUAGAGCUGGUUUUUGUUAAACAGAAUAUAAUAUUGUUUGGUUACUACAUAAUACCUGUUCUCAUUUCUUUGGCAGUGUGUUGGCUAGGUACCAAGUUAAUAGCCCUUAGCGAUUACCUGCUGCUGGUGUGUAUUUUUGUAAAUGUAUGCACUUCUCUGACAGAAAGAAGAAAAACAACAAAAAAAAUUUUUUUUUUUUUUUUGUCCAAGGCCAGUGUUGAUGCCUAAAAAAUUGCUACAAAAAAUGGUGACAGCUUCUGUUUUACGAGCCCUGAGUGUUAGUCCUUCACUUUCUUUUUUCUGUUUUUGUUUUUUUGUUUGCAAACGGUGGGGUGGCUCUGGGGGGAGGGCGUUUUUUUGUUGCAAGUUUGUAAGGAAAAUGUUUCAGUUUGUUUCUAUUGAUCUGAACGUUUUUAAUCUUCAUGUGUUUUUUGUUUUUGCUUUUAUUGAUGCACGGAUGCUUUUGAACAGUAGAGCAAAAUGCUGUACAUGAAAACAUGCUCUGUUUGUCCUUUAUACAUUUCUGUAGUUAACAGAACACUGUAAUGUGCCUUGGAGCUUAGUAAAUUGUAAUAAAUUCAAUUGAUAUUAAUA